UUUGAUAACGCGCUAAAUGUACGCUAUCCGCGCGCGAGACCGCGCGCCCGCAUCAUCCGCAACCCUCCGCCGGCUGCGCCAGUCGCACGUUGGCCGAUGACGGACGCGCACGGGGUGAAAGUGAACGCGUCUCCGACCGGCGGCACGCUACUCCGGGACGGCAUCGGUGCGAGCGUGUCGGCGUCGAUGAGGCUGACAGAAGACACCGCGGCGAUAUAAUGGCAUCCAGGAGGCCGACCAAGUACGACGACUCGUAAAAAUCGACGACGACGACGAUGGAAUUGCGCAAGGGCUCCUGGAAGAUCGUGAUCCUCGUGUGCGCGUUGGUCAUCUACCUGUGGAUGCUCUUCGUCGAUCACUCGCACAUGCUGGCCGACAUAUCGCAGAGGAUCACGCUGCAGAAAGCGCGGAUCUCCCCGAGGAACGUCUUGUACCAGAGUCCCGAACGAUCGAGGAUCGAGCAGGCAUCACUUCCGGACGGCUGGACGGACCUGAAAAGACCGCAGCCUCUCUCGUCCCGAAACGCCAGCGGUACGCCCGAAAGAGGUGUAUCGGGAUAUCAGACGCUUAAGCAACAGGGUCUGGUACCAAGCCGGCAAUUACCGACCGCCCUGAUAAUCGGCGUGAAGAAAGGCGGGACGAGGGCCCUUUUGGAGUUCCUGCGAUUGCACCCCGCGAUUCGCGCCGCCGGCUCCGAGGUUCAUUUCUUCGAUCAUCAUUACGUUAAAGGAUUCCGUUGGUACAGGCGCAGGAUGCCGCCGACUCUGGUCGGUCAGAUCACCAUGGAGAAGACGCCGUCGUACUUCGUGACGAGCGAGGUGCCGAAGAGGGUGAAGCACAUGAACCCGGGGAUGAAGCUGAUCGUCGUGGUGAGGGACCCGGUGACUCGGGCGAUCUCCGAUUACACGCAGGUGAAGAGCAAGCGUCGGAAAAUGCCGCGCUUCGAGGAUCUGGCCUUCCUGAACGGUUCGAGGAUCGUGGACACCUCCUGGAUGCCGCUGAAGAUCGGGGUCUACGUGCGGCAUCUGGAGCGGUGGCUGCAAUACUUCCCGCUUACGCAGUUCUUAUUCGUGUCCGGCGAACGUCUGAUCGCCGACCCGGUGAUGGAGAUCACCCGGGUGCAGGAUUUCCUGGGCCUGAAGCGGGUGAUAUGCGAGAAACACUUCUACUUCAACGCCACUAAGGGCUUUCCCUGCUUGCUCAAGUCGGAGGACCGCGCGACGCCGCACUGUCUCGGAAAAAACAAGGGUCGCAGUCAUCCCUACAUCGAUCCUAUGGCGAUUCAGCGUCUUCGAGAUUUCUAUCGGCCGUUCAAUCAGCGAUUUUAUCAAUUGGCGGGUAUGGAUUUCGGCUGGUACUAAAAUCCACGCGUGUCGCAUACAUACAUAUCGUAAGCAGGAAAACGGAACGGAGUCAAUUCUCGUUGUGUAUCAAGUACUUAUUGGUACUUGUCAAAUACGAUAUCUACUACGCCUGAAUAUCUGUAACCUGAUAGGAACAUAUAUAUUACAGUCAUAUCAUCAGAGCGCGCCGCGUUUAGUCCAUAUAGCGUUCGAACGAAACUUUUCCGAAAUCUUGCUUCCGAUGAUGUAGUCUUUAAUUUCAUCAAGUUUUAAUCUUCUCAAAUUGCAUUGAAUUGCAAGAAAAUACAUAUCUUUUUGUUGUAUUGAUUUAAUACAGCGUUAUUAUAAAAUAAUUUAAGAACUC